UUGGAAUGGAGAAUAUAAAGCCUACUUCGGACUGGCUGCGACAGGAGGCGCACUGGGUUGCAGCGGCGGGGUGUCUCGAGCCCUCCACCGCUGCGAACCCCGCUGCUCCGUCGAGCACAACGUGUGCGGCUCUCUGACCUCUGCCAGCGACGGCGUCAGCGUCCUUUACCCCCCAUCACCCCCUCCCACCACCAUGCUUCGUCUCAUCACGACCCCUGUCUUGCUCCUUAUUGCUGCUGCUCCCCAUGCUGCUGCUGCUGCCGCUGCUGCCGUCGCCUCGACGUCCAGUCGACACACGUACUCGCUCGACGGGCACCGCUUCCCGUCGGACUUCAUCUACGGCUGCGGCACCUCUGCGUACCAGAUCGAGGGCGCCUGGAACGAAGACGGCAAGGGCGUGAGCAUCUGGGACAAGUUUGCGCACGACAAGGGCAAGCAGCACAUCAAGAAUGACGAGACAGGCGACGUGGCCAUGGACUUUUACCACACCUAUGCCCGCGACAUUCCCCGCUUUGCCGAGAGUCUGGGCACCAACAACUACGACUUCACGCUCGCCUGGACGCGCAUCCUGCCCAACGGCGGCACCAAAGCCAAGCCCAACCAGAAGGGCAUCGACUUUUACCGGCGCGUCGCCCACGCCACCCAUCGCGCCGGCCUCUCGACGAGCUGCACCCUCUACCACUGGGACAUGCCCCAGGCGCUCGAGGAUGCCUACGGCGGCUGGCUGAGCGAAAAGGUCGUCGACGACUUCCGCCACUAUGCGCGCGUGACCAUCGGCGCGCUCGGCGACGUGUGCGAUCGCUGGAUCAGCAUGAACGAGCCACGAACAUUCUGCACCGAGGGCUUCGGGCCCGAGACGGACUCUGCGCCAGGCGUAAAGGGCCCCAUCGAGUACCGGUACCGCUGCAUGCACCACGCGCUGCUGGCUCACGCUGCGGCGCACGAGGUCUUCAAGGACCUCAAGAAAAAGGGCCGCGCCCGGGGCACGUUUGGCAUCAAGAUCGACGGCCAGCCGGCCAAGCCGCUGCACAAAAACAAGGAGGCGGACAAGGAGGCGGCCUUGCGCCACAUGGAGUUUGAGAUUGGCUGGGACCUCGCACCGCUCACGACGGGCGACUAUCCCGCGUUGAUGCGCCGCGUCAUGGGCGAUGCGCUGCCGCGCUUCACGCCGGCCCAGUCGACUGCGCUGCGCGACUCGUACGACAUCAUCUGGUGGGACGUCUACACGUCGACGUACGCCGGCGCGCUCGAGGGAACGUGCGACCGCACGAACGAGGCGUGGCCGGUGUGCGUAGAAGAGACAAACGACGGGCCCGACGGCAAGCCCAUCGGCAAGCCCACGGGCUCCUCGUGGAAUUUCUUGGUCGACGACACCAUCUACCAGGGCAUGCGGUACAUGCGCGACCGAUGGGGCGCCAAGGCCCUCGCCAUCGGGGAGAAUGGCAUGGGCCUGUACCAGCGCGAGCGUCUCUCGCUGGCGCAGCAGCUCAACGACAAGGACCGCAUCGAGUGGUACAAUUCGACGCUGCACAACGUCAAGCGGCUGCUCGACGAGGAGCCGGCCUUCCCGCUCAAGGCCUUUGUGCCGUGGUCCUGCAUGUCGAAUCUCGAGUGGAGCGGCGGGUACGAGAUCGACUUUGGCCUCAUCUACACGACACCGGGCAAGAACCAGCGGCGAAUCCCCAAGGCGAGCGCUCGCUACCUCAGAGAGGUCCUCACCGGCCGUCGCCGCUCGAUGGACGUCAACGUCGUGCGCUGAUGUCGUGUCCUCUCCCCUCCCUGCUUCAUUCAUCACAAAGAACAAUCUCACACACACUGUCACGGUCACAGUCAUCAACACCGACACAGAAAGAA